AUGGCUCGAAUGUCUGGCGCGUCUCCUGCCGGAGACUCGGACGGUAGAUUGAUGGACCCGAAUGACCCUCUUCCAGCACCUGGUCGUGUCCAGGUUGCAGGCGAACGCGAUCAGGCAGCCGAGGACCACGGGGUGCCUCAUGCAAAUUCGGACGCUCACGCCCACGGCGAAGUACGCCUAUUUCCUGAUGGGCCGACCUCCACGGUUGAAGCUGUGUUUGACGGAUACCGGGGCUACGUCCAGUCAGAUGAUGACUCAGAUGCUGAGUCUACCGACUCGGACAUCGAGCACUCCUUCUUCGUCGAGCGGCACGGCCGCCUCUUCCAUUACCAUGGUAAUCUCCCGUACCCGCUCCCUGCGGAUGAACUGGAGCAGAACAGACAGAUUGUCCAGCAUCUCUGCCUGCAACACCUGCUCGGCAGCAACUUCGUAGGGCCGGUGCCGGAACUCCUCUCUCCGGAUGGCGGAGAGGGAGAUAUAUGUGUUCUCGAUCUGGGCACCGGGACAGGGAGAUGGGUCAUGGAAAUGGCGCAUCAAUACCCAACAGCUCACUUUGUUGGCAUUGACAUAGUGCCGAUUUAUCCGGCUUCCGACUUCGAGAACGUUACUUUUCAGCUGGGCAACAUCAUGGAGCCUCUGAACUUCGCGAACGAGAGCUUUGAUAUUGUACAUGCGCGAUGCAUCUCGACUAGCGUUCGCGACUAUCCGGAACUUCUUCGCGAAAUAGCCCGCGUACUCAAGCCUGGAGGCCUCUUCAUCGGCGGAGAAUGGGCCCGCCGUGCUUCGUUUGCGCCCCAUCGUGAUCCUGACCGCGAUCUUGCUGUGCACGCUCCAGGCAUUCAGGCCAUGUUCGAGGCGAUCUCUAGCGGUUUGCGCGAUCGCAAGGGUAUUGACCGUGCCUUCGGGCCCGUCAUGGCGGCGUGGCUGUCCGACACUGGCGUUUUCAAUUACAUCGUCGAGGAGAAAUUCUACAUGCCCAUCGGAGAUUGGCCGACGCACGCGGACGCCAGCGCGCUCCGGGGUGUCGACUACGCUGCCCGGUUUUCUCGCAUGAGUCCCGAUGAUAUAACGGACCACCUCAAAAUCGUCGGAAACUACUUCCGGGCAGUUAUCGAUCGGUACGCCAAGAACAUGUGCCCGAUGCUGCUCGAGUCUGGCAAUCCUUUGCAGAGUGUCAAGGACCUUCUGCGCCGAUAUCGCCACGACCUCCGCCACGUCGAGGGCAUGGUCUGCGUGUAUCACGCCGUCCACGCCCGCAAAAUGUGA